UUGCAUAAUGUAUUAAAAUGACUCCGCUGGAAUAAUAACCUUCAAAUAAAUUUUGAGACUUUUGGGGGUUAAACGUAACGUAACGUAAAAUGUAACGGGGAUAAUGCAAGGAAGCGUAAAUUUCAAAAACACAAUACAUAUUUAUAUGCACAAAAUAAUAAUCUUAUAUUAUUUCUAUUCUGAUAUGCACUGCUGUAUGUCUAAAUCACAAGAAAAUUACUAUAAAAUACGUUUUUUAAGAUAUUUUAUAAUUCCAUUAAUUUAAAUAUGUAGUCUGGAAUAAACUUUUACCAGCAGGUAAAAAAGUUGUUGUAGAUUAGAACGCGAUAAAAAAAUCUUGAUUUGUUAGUUCAUCUUUUAAAAUAUGACAGGAAAGUUUUGGAAGAAACAUCUAAUAGGUUUUACUAACAAUUUUUGCCUAAAGUUCCCACUUUAGGCAAAAAGUAAAAGUAUCUGGAAAUGUACGCAGUUGAAUCACGUAAAUUCUUAUGAGAAAAAGAAAAAAAUGUGUACAUUUGAAUUGGGAACCCUUUUAACCUAAAUUUAUUCAAUGGUUUAAAAUAUUUGAUUUAAUAUCAACGGUGUGUACACAAAACGUUUGUUAAACGUUCGUUACUCAAUCUCUUCUUUUCUUUUUACUUAUACUACUGUGUGUAUACUAAUCAUUAAAUUGUAUUGAUCAAGGAAUAAUAUGUGAAUAAGUGAAUACCAACCAACCAACCAACUACACGUCUCCUGAUUUGAUUAAUUUAUCUGCAAUUACAAUAUCUCAAGUGCUACAAUAGGAGAUAUCUUGAACCAUAUACUUCGGUUCAGAACCCUGUUAAACACGAACGAUUAGGAAAAUUGGUACGUAUUUAAAAAAUUAACAAAUUUGCGGUAAAAAUGGAUGACUUUUGCGGAUCCACGUUCUGGAAUACAAACCUAACGUGGCACACAACGUCUCCCUACUUCACAUUUUGUUUUGAGGAGACUGUCAUUUUAUCCAUUCCGUUAAUAUGCAUACUUAUAUUUGGACUCGUCACAAUUCUUAAUACGCGCCAAGAUGAAAAUGCAGCUAGAAAAAAUGUUCGAUUCGGUUGUACAACUUGUAUUCAAAUUGGAAUAUUUACAGCACUAUUGACGACAUCGAUAUCUUCAGUAUUCCAGGAGGGAAAAACAAUUUAUGAGAUGAGAAUAUUAUACGUUUCUACGACUAGCCGGAUUUUGAGCUUUACCUUGGCAUUUUGUUUAAUGGUAAGCCUACAACGGAAGGGUAUAAAAUUCUCCUAUAUUCAGAUGUUAUUUUGGAGUCUGUGCCUCAUCGCGGAAGGAGUUCUUUUAAGAAGUGCCGUAACUAAAUGGAAUGAAGUUCAAGACUCGAUUAUUAGAAAAGCACACUUUGUUAGGUACAUGGUGUUUCCAUUAGUGGCAGUGGAAAAUGCACUACAGCUAUUGAUGGGAUUACGUAACUUCUGGCAGUCAAUGAAACCAAGCCAAGAAAAGACAAGGGACAAUUUAACCCAAGAUUUGACAAUAUUUAAUUUUUGGAUGGAUAAAAUAUUUUGGAAAUCCUUCAAGAAAAAGUCACUUCAUUUGAAACCGUUCGAUUUAAAAGAAACCUACUCUCAAGCUAAUGGCCAUUUCAGUGAUCAAACAAGUACAAAUAGUUCUGAAAGUACAUCGUAUAACGCCAUUAGUUUAUUUUUUGCCUCGUUUGGCAAGCAAUUCGUUAUAUCAGGACUGCAGAGGAUUUGCCAAGAGAUGUUGGCAUUUUCUGCGCCAGAAAUCUUAAGGAUAAUGGUCACUCAUUUUACCGACACAAUGGACAAAACUACGUGGAAGGACUACUUUUACGUCACCGCCUUAAUCACAUCUCUGAUAGCGAGGAACAUUUUAGGAUUAUUUUACUGGAAAAAUGUGACCGCAAUAUCUAUCAAGUGCAGGUCAAUGCUACAUUCUAUCGUGAUUCAAAAAGCUUUAAGAAUUUGUAUCACAGAAUCCACUGACACUACCAGGAGUACUUUGCUAAAUAUAAUGGGGGCCGACUCGCAAAAAAUUUGUCACGUAAUUCCCCUCCUCCACACCUUAUGGAUCGCUCCAAUUCAAACAAUUGUUGCCACAUAUUUUCUCUACAACCUUCUUGGAUACCCCGCAUUCGCUGCUGUAUCCAUAAUUUUCAUGCUGAUUUUAUUAACCACAUUAUUAAUGAGACAACUGAAAGAUAUACAAACCGACCAAAUGAAAGCGCAGGAUUCAAGAGUAAAAAUUGUGUCAGAAACGAUCCAAAACUUAAAAACGAUCAAACUGCACGCGUGGAAUGAAGCUUUCUUAAAGAAAAUAGGACUAGCCCGACAAUUAGAACUGGACGCAAUAUGGGGUUCUUUGACAAGAUUGGGCUGCAUGGUUACCUCAUUCACCGUGGCACCCGUCAUCGUAUUGCUUGUCGUACUGGUCAUGAAAUCUAGUCUGGAUGGGGAGCCAAUCAAUGCAGGGAUAAUGUUUGCGGCAUUAUCAAUCAUUAAUAUUAUUACAGUACCAUUGUUAACCGUGCCAGCUCUUGCCAUGCUGUUAUCUCAAACUACUGUGAGUAUUAAGAGGAUAAACAAGUUUCUAAAUUUGGAAGAAUUUAAGACACAUAAGAGUUAUGUAAAGUCCGAUAAAGUUACGAAUGAUGACACAUCUAUAAAAUUUGAGAAUGCAUACCUCUCCUGGGACAGUAAGAAAUCUAUCUUAAAAAAUCUACAUUUUACUAUCCCACCUGGAUCUCUUGUCGCGAUAGUUGGUGAAUCUGGAUCUGGAAAAUCAUCUUUGUUACAAGCAAUGUCAGGAAAUAUGUUCAUUACUAAGGGCAAGAUAGAUGUCAAUGGGAAAAUUGCAUACGUUCCUGAAUCCACAUGGACAAGGAAGACCACCAUCAAAGAAAACAUUUUACUCCAUAACCCAUUCAAUAAGGAGACGUAUCUCGACGUAAUAAAUGCAUGCGAACUUGACCUAUCUUGUUUGCCAAUGCGUGAUGAUACAGAAAUCCUAGAUAACGGGUCUAACCUAUCGGGUGGUCAGCGGCAGAGAAUUUCUCUCGCCCGUGCGGCCUACUCUGGGUCGAACAUCUACCUCAUGGACCAGCCCAUGAGUGCCCUGGAUGGACAAACGGCAAAUAAAGUUUACACAAAAUUGCUAAGUUUGGAUGGAUUAUUAAAGGAGAAAACGCGAAUAGUUGCGACCGACUAUGGCGGAUUGAUUGCAGAUGCAGACAUUGUCCUAGAAUUAGAUAAUGGAGCCGUAAAAUAUUUCGGACCUAAUCGAACCAUCUACAGAGAGCGGACUUCGUCCAAAUUUGGUGAAGAUGAUGAGAUGGAUAUUUUUCCAACUUAUGAUGCACUUCCUCAAUGUAACGAUGGUGGUAAUUUAUCAGAAUCCAUCAAGCCGAGAGAGGAUCGGCUACUCGUUAAGAAAUCCCUUUAUUUGCGUGAAGGGGGUGUAACAAGGUUGACCAUUGGGAUAACGUUGGUUAUUUGUUCUGUUGCCGUUUAUACAUUUUCCAAUGUCUGGUUAUCUAUGUGGAGUGGGCAGGAUGACAGCACUCAGAUAAAAUCUGCAGCCACCAACAUAACCAUUUAUGGAUCAGUAGGGUUAGUUCAAGCCAUUUUAUUACUUCUGGGAUGCCUAUAUAUAUACAAUUUCUCGCUAAAAGCAUCCCGAAAUUUGUAUGACAUUCUCCUCCUAAAAGUUUUAAACGGACGGAUACAUUUCCUAAAUAAGAUUGGUGCAGGAUCACUGUUAAACGUGUUGACCAAAGAUGUCGAUAUUUUGGAGUCAAGUUUUCCCCAAAAUAUGCAAGGAACCGUGCUUAACUUUCUACUCCUUUUAAGCGCAAUAUUCACGACCUGUUACGCAACCCCGAUAUUUCUUGUGUUUGUGGCACCACUUGCGAUAAUUUAUUAUUUCCUUCAGAGAUUAUACGUCGUUACAUCCACAAAUUUAAGGAGAAAUGAAUCAUUAACUAGGACCCCACUUUAUAGCCUAGUUCUGGAAACGCUGUCGGGAUUGUGUUCCAUUAAAGCGUUUGGAAUUGAACAUGAGACAAUGAGAGAGAUCCAGGAUUCUUUAUUAGAAAAUAAUAAGGCUUACUUUCUAUACAUGGCUGGGACAUUGUGGAUUAAAGCAAGGCUGGAUAUUCUUGGGACAUUGAUAGUUUCAGGAACUUGUGUUUUUGCCAUAAUCUCAAAAGAUACUUUAAGUCCGGCUGUCGUCGCAUUAUCGCUAUCUUCUGCUUUGCAAAUAACUCAGUUAUUAAAUUAUUUUGUAAAAUUAACCAGCGAAUUCGAAUCGAAUAUUGUAGCUGUGGAGAGAGUUGUAAAUACGACGUUAAUUCCGCAGGAAAGAAAUUGUGACGCUUGUCCAGACAAAGUUAACGAAGUCUGGCCAGAAACUGGUGAACUUUUGAUAAAAGAUUUGCAACUGCGUUACGAGCAAAAUUCUCAGCCUAUCUUAGAAAUUGAGAGUUGUGCAAUAAAAAGUGGGGAAAAGAUCGGAGUCGUUGGGAGAUCAGGAGCUGGAAAGUCGUCUCUUCUAAUGGCCAUAUUUAAGUUGUUAGAACCAAUCCAGGGUCAAAUUGCAUUAUCCGGAUUAAACACAUCACAAUUAUCAAUGCAUAAUUUGCGUUCUAAAAUUGCUAUUGUUCCUCAGGAACCUACUUUUUUCUCGGAAAGUCUUCGUUUUAAUUUGGAUCCUGUGCAAUGUUAUACAGACCAUGAAUUGUGGAACGCACUAGAUACAGUUAACUUAAAAGAAUUUGUAUUCAAUCUUCCUCACGGUUUGUAUUUUCAUGUAACACCGGAUGACACGAGAAUUACAUCUGGCUGUAAACAAUUACUUUGCUUAACUCGAGCACUUUUAAAGAAACCAAAAUUCCUGGUUUUGGACGAAGUAACGGCAAAUUGCGAUAAAAAUAUUGAACUUCUUAUCCAAGAGAUAGUCAAGGAACAAUUUAAGAAUUCAACCGUCUUAAUUGUGGCACACCGUUUUAAAACUUUACUCGACUGUGACAGGAUUAUGGUCCUACAAGGUGGUCGAAUUAAACAGUUUGACACAAUAAGUAACUUGCUAAAUUUAAAAUCCGAUUUUUAUGAGAUGGUAAAAUCUAACAAAUUGCAAGAAAUUGAUAGUGAAGAAGGAGGAAAAUAAUAAAUUGGGAGUGAACUGUAUUUAUUAUAUUCAUGUACUAGUUACAUAUGCAUGUAACUAGUUAUGUAAAAUUCUGCCAUGCUUUAUAAAUCCCCUUAAAUAUCUAUUCAAUAUUUUUUUACUCACACUGGAAAAUAAGUACAUAUUUAUUAUAUGUAUAUAGGUUCAAGUUAAAAUAAUUACUCAAAAUAUCAAUUACAUAUAUUCCGACAAUUUCAUUGCAUGACAGAAUCAAUGUUAUACUUACCAGAAGUUGGGCUAUAAAAAGACAAUUUUAAUUUAUUGAACAUUUUUUUAAAUUCCUAGUUAAGUUAUAUAGAUAUAAAUUUCAUAUUGUAUAUGCAUAUCACUAUUGCUACAUACAUAUUGCAAGUAACGUAUUGCUACACACACGCUGAAAAUUUAAACUUGGGAUAUCAAUGGAAAAAUACGCAGUGAUAAUCAUGGAACAAAAAGGUAAAUGUAAUUUCCCACAUGCGUUAAAAAACUUCGUUCAAAUUAAACUCUAAUCAAUUCAUAUGACAAGUAUUUUGAUUGAUGUGGUGAUAAGCCUUACGUAACUUAUAAGUGAUUGCAAAUAUUGGUUAUUUUGUAAAAACCUACAGCAGUCUGAAAUAGUGUUUUCGAGAAAAAAUGAAAUAAAAUUAUG